UGAAAAUAUAUUUAUAAACACAUAGUCCUCAAAUUCUGCCUUCAUAAAACACAAAGAAACUUUCAAGAGAAAAGUCAAAAGAGAAAAGGACAGAUAUUGAGUGUUUCCAACAUUUUUGAUUCACUGUUGCUUUCCAAUAAAGAGGAAAUACAUUGUUCAGGAAGAAGAGUUAGCUACGAAAUAAAGCUCAUUCAGAAGUAUGAAUGGAAGAAACUUCUAAUUGAUGCACUGCAGUAAAUAACAUUUAACACAUCAAGUCGAUAAACAAGAUGAAAGAACAUUCAAAUUUAUCUUCAAAUUUUACACUGGUUGAUAAACCCAAUUUAUUCAUGCAUAUUGCCGAUACUUUACAUAUUUACGCGUUACCUGUUUUGAUUGCUCUUGGAAUACCGGGAAAUUUACUGUCUUUUAUUGUAUUCACGUGCAGCACAGUAAUGAAUAAACUUCCAUCAAGUACAUACAUGGCAGCACUCGCUUUAUCGGACUCGGGUUUUCUUUCAAUUCUCUUGUGCAUCUGGCUUCAGAAAAUGAACAUACAUGAAUACGUUACACAAUUGUGGUGUCAGUUUAUUGUAUUUGGUGCGUAUAUAUUUGGCUUUUUGUCCGUGUGGUUUACUGUUCUAUUCACAAUAGAACGAUACAAAGUCGUCUGCUAUCCUUUGAAAGCAACUCAAAUAUGUACAAAGCGCAGAGCUCGUCUAUCAACUCUCAUAAUAUGUGUCUUUCCGGUGUUUCUUUAUAUGCCCAGCUUUUGGACGACUAUUGAUUAUCACGGGCACUGUUCGUAUCGCGAAGAACUGUUUGUUCUUCUUACUGUGAUAACGUAUAUGGAUACUGCACUUACAUUUAUUUUGCCUUUUCUAGCUCUUCUUUUCAUGAACCUUCGAAUAAUUUGGGCUAUCCGUGCUGUGAAAAAGCGUAUGAACUGGUUACAAGAAUCACAGCCGCAUGAGAAAACACAAAGUUUGUUAUCAAAGACACAAAUGAAAUUGACCAAAUCACUGGUAAUUGUUUCAAGUGUUUUUCUAAUGAUGGUUCUGCCUAGUCACAUAACAAGGUUUUACUCUUUAAUAUUCACGAAUUUCUUAUCUUAUGACAUAAUAUCAUUGCAGACAGCACAACAUUUCUUACAAAUUCCGUAUUAUUUAACAUUUGGAAUCAACUUAAUUUUAUAUACCGGAACAAGUUACAUGUUUCGUCGAGGUUUCCUGGAAAUUUACCGAAAUAUUAAAGAGAAGAUUCAAUGUAUAAUACCAACAUGAUAUAAUACUACAAACUUCGAAUUUCCUUAUUAUUUUCCUUGCAUUCUAUAAACGUUUUAUUUCCAAUCAUAAAUAACAGAAUGAUACUUACUUUUAUAUGGAUCUCUUUAACAAUUAUUGGUGUUAUGAUUAAACUUUUAAAAAAAUGUUAACCACCAUUUUCAGCAACAUAUCGUAGUUAAAACAAAGGCUUCAGUUACACAAUUAUCCCAAAAUUAAUAAUUAUCCAUGCAAGUAUGUAUGUUAAUA